UCAUGUUUCCUCGAUUAUCAGCUGUCUAGCUAGUGGUACGGCGCGUACAGUUCAUUCAUAACGUUGCUUCGACUGGUUAACUAUUCAUUUUAAUCAUUUGUGUAUAAUUUGGAAUUACUGCCCGCAGGCAACGUUUCCAUCACAGCCUUCUGUUAUUGCUAACAACAGAAAAAUACGCAGACGGUUGCCCAAAGCAGAGAUACACAAAUGAAAUGUCCCGCGAACAGAAGGCGGUAGAGGGCGCGAGGAAAGCGUUCCUAACAGGGAGGUCGAAGCCGUUAGAGCACCGGAUCGGGCAGUUGAGGAACCUCCAGAGGUUACUCGUGGAGAGAAAGGAGGAAAUUGCAGAGGCCAUCAAAAAAGACCUGUACAAGAGUGAGGCAGGCACCCAGCUGUAUGAGACUCUGGGCCUGGAGGCAGAGAUCAUCCUGACAGUGAAGAAGCUGGCAGAAUGGGCAGCACCCCGGCCUGUGGAGAAGAACCUCAUGACCAUCUCAGACACUGUCUAUAUCCAGCCUGAACCACUUGGAGUGGUGUUGAUUAUAGGGGCAUGGAACUACCCCUGGGCCGUCACCUUACAGCCACUUAUUGGGGCUAUCGCUGCAGGCAAUGCUGCUGUGGUGAAGCCAUCUGAGGUGUGUGUCCAUACCUCUAAGGUAAUGGAGGACCUCCUGCCCCUCUACAUAGACAAGGAGUUGUACCCAGUAGUGACGGGCGGUGUCUCAGAGACCCAGGAGUUGCUGCGUCAGCGGUUUGACCAUGUUUUCUACACGGGUAACAGUGUGGUGGGCAAACUGGUGAUGGAGGCAGCAGCCAAACACCUCACCCCAGUCACCCUGGAGCUGGGGGGCAAGAGCCCCUGUUUCAUCGACAAGAACUGUGACAUCCCUGUUGCUUGUCGGCGUAUCACCUGGGGAAAGUAUUCUAACUGUGGACAGACGUGUAUUGCUCCAGACUACAUCCUGUGUGAGUCAAGCAUCCAGGACCGUGUGCUAGAGGAGAUCAAAAAGUCCAUCAAGGCCUUCUACACAGAGGACCCCAAGACCUGCCCUGACUAUGGACGCAUCAUCAACCAGCGGCACUUCAAACGCAUUAUGGCUAUGACAGACGACUGCACCAUCGCUAUUGGAGGGGAAAAUGACGAGUCAGCAUGCUACAUAGCUCCUACGGUACUGACGGAUGUGAAGGGUAGCUCCAAAGUGAUGCAGGAGGAGAUCUUUGGUCCCCUCCUCCCCAUCUUGACGGUCAGAGGAGUGGACGAGGCCAUCAGCUUCAUCAACAAGGGAGAAAAACCCCUCGCCCUCUAUAUUUUCUCACCUGAUGACAAGGUAAUAAAAAAAGUGAUAGCAGAGACCUCUAGCGGAGGGGUGUUGGCUAAUGACUGUCUGGUGCACUACUCUGUCAGUGCACUACCCUUCGGUGGAGUUGGCAACAGUGGUAUGGGCAGCUACCACGGCAAGUUCAGCUUUGACAACCUGAGCCACCUGAGGGCCUGUCUGAUCAAAAAGCUGACGAUGGAGGGGAUUAACGACAUGCGUUACCCGCCCCACACUGCCAAGAAACUGGGCUGGGCGCGUUUCUUCAUCGUCAAAAACCCUGACCUGGGGUGGAUCGGCCGCAUGGUGCUGCUUGCCAUCGUUACUGUGGUGGCUGCAGUGGUGCUACAGAGAUACCUUCAGUGAGAUCACAAUGGUAACCCCAUACUACAGGCCUGAUGGACUAUGGAACAGAGUCGGGUCUCAAAGCACUGAUUGUUGACCUGGAUAAGCUUUUGUCUGCUUCAAGAUAAAAACUACCCAUAACCAUAACAACAGCCAGCUCGCCCUUAAACAUUGGUACCAUGAUAAUGAGAGGGGAUGGGAAUUGACACCAAUAACCUUUAUUUUAAUAAUGCAAUUCUGCAUGAAGCCGUUUUUUCUGAAGGAUUUGCUUGCUUAAUGCUAAUUAACAUUAGCUGGCAACAAAAAAAAUCAUGAAUGUGAUCUUUUAUCCUAUAUAUGGCACUUUAAUCAAUGUGAUAUUCCAAUGUGAUCACUGGGGAGUACGUCACAUAUUUUAUGUAAAUCUGUGACAUCUGAUUUCAUGUGCUAUGUGACCUUACAGUUCUUUAAAAUGUGCUACCAAAACGUAUAAUAUGUUUUGAAUCUACUAAAACGUAACAUUUACACAAACGUAUGAUGUAUUACAAAUACAUUUUAACGUGAACGUUAGAUAUCACAGCACUGGGGUUAAGGUUUGGGUUAACGUAAUGCAACGAAAAAUAUUUGGUUAACGGUAGGUAUCACAGUACUGUGAUAAAGGUUUGAGUUAUGGUUAAAGAAAAAAUCUGCCUCCAAAUUGGAGUGAGUGUCGGGGAAAUUCCCCUGUUUAUCUCUUACUCACUGCUGGUGAGUGCUGGUCUUUACUCGAACGUUACUUCACAUAACGUAAUACUGUAUAUCUUACAAAUUUGACUGUCAAAGAUUUACAUCAAAUAGUUUACGUACACCCCCUGAGACCAGUUUGGAUAUUCAUAUUAAUUUGUUAAAUUAGUUAAUUAGUUAAACCUGUCCUCUCAGGUUGUCUGUUUUACUUUUUUAAAGCCUUAAAACAGCCAAAUGUUUGCUGCUUAAUGAAAGAUUUAAGUUAAGUUUAUAAAAACAAUGCAGGUAUAACCAGUUAUAGCUUUGUGUAGCCUGUAUAUCACUGUGCAUAUAUCACAAGCUGCAUAUGUGAGAAGUUCUGUACGGUUCGCAUUAAUCAAUUUCAUAUCUAAAUGAAUAUUCUCAAUAAGUAUUAUGUAUUAAUACUGUAUUUUUGCAUAUGUUUAAAUAUUUAGUCAGCCUCAGAGAAGCACAACCCUAGUUCUGUAAUUAUUAUUAUUAUUUGUUUGAACCAUAUGAAACACUGAAUGCAAUGAAGAUGCCAUUAUUUGGUGUAGAACAUUAACAUUUCCUUGGUGACCUGAUCUGUCAGUGAAUUACCAAGCUUUUUCUUUUUUUUCUGUUCUGUUGUGUUUGUUAUUUUUUCUUCCAAUUAGCCAAUCAGUUAGAUUUUAAGAAAUCCACAUUAUUUGAUUGCAGAGUUUUUAAACCAUUACAUUGUAUUUCAGCUUUGCCUGCUGAAUUUUAUAUUGAAUAGCUCAGGAUAAUGAAGAAUGACUAACUAACCACAUUUAGCAAGAAUGAAGGAGUAAAUGUCUAUCAUUUCAAUAUUUAAAAAGCUGUACAAAAGAGAUCUGUCUAAAGGGAUUUUCAAAUUUGUUCUAAUAAAUUUGUAAUACAUCAGUA